GCUCACCUCUUCUCCUCUUCGCCAACCGGCGUGAUGUACGAUUGGUAGAUGCAGAGGGUGUGCGGGGUGAGUCGGCCAUUGUUGUUAGUGACCUGGAGGAUGCAGCGGCAGUGGACUUCCUGUACGCUGAGGGCCUGAUAUUUUGGACAGAUGUCAGUGAGGAGGCCAUCAAACAGACGCACUGGAAUCAGUCAUCCAACUCCCUUAAAGAGGCGCUGGGGACUGGCCAGACUGUGGUGGUAUCAGGGCUGGACAGUCCUGACGGGCUGGCCUGUGACUGGUUGGGUAGAAAACUCUACUGGACGGACUCUGAGACCAAUCGGAUCGAAGUGGCCAACCUGGACGGCACCUCCAGGAAGGUCCUGUUUUGGAUGGACUUGGACCAGCCCAGGGCUAUCGCUCUCAACCCUGCUCAACGCUACAUGUACUGGACAGACUGGGGAGAGGAGCCCAGGAUAGAGCGUGCCGGUAUGGAUGGCAGCAACAGGAAGGUUAUAGUGGAUGUGGACAUAUACUGGCCCAAUGGUCUGACAAUAGACCUGGUGCAGCAGAAGUUGUACUGGGCAGAUGCCAAACUCAGCUUCAUCCACAAAGCUAACCUAGAUGGAUCAGCACGAGAAACAGUGGUGGAGGGCACCCUGACCCAUCCUUUUGCACUAACCCUCUCUGAGGAGACCUUAUAUUGGACUGACUGGCAGACCCGCUCCAUCCACGCCUGCAACAAACACAGUGGAGACAAAGCCAGAGAGAUCCUCAGUGGGAUUUACUCUCCCAUGGAUAUCCAGGUCCUGGAGUCCUAUAGACAGCCUUACAUCCAGACUCCCUGUAGUGACAAUAAUGGAGGCUGCAGUCAUCUCUGCCUGCUGUCUCCAGUCCAGCCUUUCUACAGCUGUGCCUGUCCCACUGGAGUCCAGCUUAAACCAGAUGGAAAGACAUGCAAGCCAGGAGCAGAGCAGGUUUUACUGUUGGCUCGACGGACUGACCUGAGGAGAAUCUCUCUCGACCUGCCAGAUUUCACUGACAUAGUGCUACAGGUCGAUGAUAUCCGUCAUGCCAUAGCUAUAGACUAUGACCCGGUUGAGGGUUACGUUUAUUGGACAGAUGAUGAGGUUCGGGCCAUCCGACGAGCUCACAUCGACGGCAGCAAUGCCAUGAUGCUGGUUACCACGGAGAUCAACCACCCAGAUGGUAUUGCUGUGGACUGGGUGGCCAGAAACCUGUACUGGACUGACACUGGUACUGACCGGAUUGAGGUUACCAGGCUCAAUGGGACCUCUCGGAAAAUUUUGAUUUCUGAGAACCUGGAUGAACCCAGAGCCAUCGUCCUGGACCCUAUUAACGGCUAUAUGUACUGGACCGACUGGGGGGAGCAUCCCAAAAUUGAGCGGGCCAACCUUGACGGAAUGGACCGUGUGGUUCUGCUCAACAGCUCUCUGGGCUGGCCCAACGGACUGGCUAUAGAUUAUGCAGCAGAAAAACUCUACUGGGGAGACGCAAAAACUGACAAGAUAGAGGUGAUCAAUGUGGAUGGCAGUAACAGACAGACUCUGCUGGAGGACAAGCUGCCUCAUAUCUUUGGUUUUACUCUGCUGGGUGACUACAUCUACUGGACCGACUGGCAGAGACGCAGCAUUGAGAGGGUCCAUAAAGCUACGGCCGUAAGAGAGAUCAUCAUCGAUCAGCUGCCGGAUUUAAUGGGGCUGAAGGCCACUAAAGUGACAGAGACUUACGGUACUAAUGGCUGUGCAGUGAAUAAUGGCGGGUGCAGCCAUCUGUGUUUCUGGUGUCGGAAAGCCGUCAGCUGUGCUUGUCCCAUGGGUAUGGAGCUCCUCUCAGACCUGCAGACCUGCGUGGUGCCUGAGGCUUUCCUGCUCUUCACCAACAGGGACAACAUCAGGAGCAUCUCUUUGGGUACCAACAGCAACGAUGUGGCCAUUCCUCUGACCGGAGUUAAAGAGGCGUCUGCUCUCGACUUUGAUGUGUCUGAAAGAAGAAUUUACUGGACAGACAUACAGGCCAAGACAAUCAGCAGAGCGUAUAUGAAUGGCAGCUCUGUAGAACAUGUCAUAGAGUUUGGAUUGGACUACCCAGAAGGCAUGGCAGUUGACUGGAUGGGUCGUAACAUCUACUGGGCUGACACAGGCACUAACCGCAUUGAGGUGGCCCGGCUGGACGGCCAGUACCGGCAGGUCCUGGUCUGCAAGGAUCUUGACAACCCGCGCUCACUGGACAACCCACGGUCACUAGCACUGGACCCAGCCAAUGGCUACAUGUACUGGACAGAGUGGGGGGGUCGACCUCGUAUAGCCAGAGCCUACAUGGAUGGCAGCACCAUCACGACCCUGGUGGACAAAGUGGGCCGGGCCAACGGGCUGACCAUUGACUACGUAGACCAUCGUCUAUACUGGACUGACCUGGACACGUGCAUGAUCGAAAGCACCAACAUGCAAGGGCCAGCUGGAGCUGAUGCUGGACAUCCUGGUGUUCCAUUCCUCUCGUCAGGAGGGUACCAACGAGUGCUCACAUAACAACGGCAACUGUGCCCACCUUUGCCUCGCUACGCCUGCUGGUGCCCAGUGCCGCUGUGCCUCCCACUACACACUGAACACAGAUGCACGAAACUGUAGCUCUCCCUCUAGUUUCCUGCUCUUCAGUCAAAAGGCCAGUAUCAGCAGGAUGGUUCUGGGAGAACAGAGUCCUGACAUCAUCCUGCCCAUCCACGUCUUGAGGAACGUCCGAGCUGUCAGCUACGACCCCCUGGACCGGCUAGUCUACUGGCUGGAUGGACGACAGAACAUACGUAGGGCCAGAGACGAUGGAGCCAUGUCUACCACGAUAGUGAACAGCAAUGUUCAGCCGGUGGACAACCAGCUUCAUGACCUCAGCCUGGACCCCUACAGCCGCCACGUUUACUGGACCUGUGAGACAACCAACACCAUCAAUGUCCAGAGGAUGGAUGGACACACUGUGGGCGUGGUACUGAAGGACGACACCGACAAGCCACGGGCCAUUGUGGUCAAUGCUGAGAAAGGGUACAUGUAUUUCACCACAGUGCAGGAGCGCUCAGCUAAGAUUGAAGGAGCCAGUCUGGAUGGGACAGAGAGAGAGUCUCUGUUCACAACUGGUUUGAUCAGACCAGUAGCACUGGCUCUGGACAAUAAACUGGGAAAACUGUUCUGGGUUGACGCUGACCUCAAACGCAUCGAGAGCAGUGACCUGACAGGAGCCAAUCGCAUCGUCCUCCAGGAUUCCAACAUCCUCCAGCCAAUGGGGCUGACAGUUCUGGGGGAUCAUCUGUACUGGAUCGACCGGCAACAGCAGAUGAUAGAGAGGGUGGACAAACUGACCGGGGACGGACGCACACGCAUACAGGGACGGAUAUCAUACCUGACCUCCAUCCAUGCUGUGGAAGAGAUGGAUCCACAGGAGUUUGCAUCCCACCCUUGUUCCCGCGACAACGGUGGCUGUUCUCACAUCUGCAUUGCUAAGGGUGACGGCACACCUCGCUGCUCCUGUCCCAUGCAUCUGGUGUUACUGCAGGACCUGCUGCACUGUGGAGAGCCUCCCACCUGCUCCACAGAGCAGUUCACCUGCUCCACGGGGGAGAUUGACUGUAUUCCGAUGGCUUGGCGUUGUGACGGGUUCCCAGAAUGUGACGACAGCAGCGAUGAGGAGAACUGCCCUGUUUGCUCAGCCUUUCAGUUCCAGUGUGAUAAAGGAGGCUGCAUCGAUGCUCAGAGGCGCUGCAACGGUGAACCCGACUGUGCUGAUCACUCUGAUGAGCAGGACUGUGAGACCAUCUGCCCUCCUAACCAGUUCCGCUGUGGUGACAACCAGUGCAUCACCAAGAAGCAACAGUGUGACAAUUACUCCGAUUGUCCCGAUGGAUCAGACGAGCUCGCCUGUGAGUAUGUGUCUCCUCCCUCCAGCGGCAUCCCUAACACAGGGCCCAACACCAUCGGCCCGGUCAUUGCCAUCAUCCUGCUCGUCUUCGUCAUCGGUGGUGCUUAUUUUGUGUGCCAGCGCGUGGUCUGUAGACGCUACAAGGGCCCCAGUGGAACUUUUCCUCACGAGUACAUCAGUGGCACGCCCCAUGUGCCCCUCAAUUUCAUCGCCCCCAGCAGCUCGCAGCAUGGCACCUUCCAAGGUAUAUCCUGUGGGAAGUCAAUGAUGAGUUCAGUCAGCCUGAUGGGUAGCAGCAGCAGCGGGGCUCCUCUCUAUGACAGGAACCAUGUGACUGGAGCCUCAUCCAGCAGCUCGUCGUCUACCAAGGGAGCCUUCUACCCUCAGAUCUUGAACCCUCCUCCGUCCCCUGCUACUGACCGCUCUCUCUACAAUACAGAGGUCUUCUACUCCUCCAACAGUCCAUCUACCACCAGAUCAUACAGACCCUACCACCCGGUCCGUGGCGCCGCCCCGCCCACCACUCCCUGCAGCACUGAUGUCUGUGACAGCGACUAUACUCCCCACCACCCGCCGGCUGGCCUGGCAUCGUCAGCGGGCCGCUGGAAGGCUGCGGGCCACGGCAGCCACGGCAAACACAACAAGUACUACAUGGACCUUAACUCAGACUCGGACCCCUACCCACCACCCCCGACGCCCCGCUCCCAGUACCUGUCAGCCGAGGAGAGCUGCCCCCCGUCCCCUUCCACCGAGCGCUCCUACUUCCACCUGUGCCCCCCUCCUCCCUCGCCCUGCACUGACUCCUCAUGACCCUCCAACAGCCCAGGAGCCCUGUGAGGAAGGAAGGGAUGAAGUCCACUUGCUACAAGAAACUGGCCUUGUCGGGCCCACAUUACUAGGGAAAGAACUCAUGUGCCAACUUCCAGGCCUGACCAGCUCCCACGUGCUGCUUUAUAUCAGCUGGUUAGGCUCAAGUGCAUUACUUAAGGUCCCUACAUCCCACAUUUGGUCAUUUUGUCAUUCCAGUCAUCUUGGAGCUCUCAGGGUGACCAUCAUCUGAUCAGUUCUACGUCUGUCUCCCCUGUGCCCUGCUCUGAUGUUCACUCAAUCGUGGCAGGUUGAAGGUUUGAGGCCCUGCCUGCCUUGCUGCAGGGCACAAAAGGAGAUGAUGAUGAAAGCAGCUCCUUCUUGAAUAUUCAUUCCAUCAAAAGAAGAAAACUUUGCUGGGCCACUUCUUGAUCACACAGUUUCAAGACUUCCAACUGUCCAGAUAUAAGUCUGAAUCCUGGCCUCACGCCGCUCCUGCCCCCCCCAAAACUCUUCAGCAUGUGCUGCAUUGAACUCCAGUAGGAACUGGUGUUGUGUGAAAACCAUAAUGAGCCCAAUGCCACAAAUCACUCAUUAAGAAUAAAGCCAAGGUAUGGACCGCCACUUGGCUGCCCCCCACCCCUCCGCCAGCCUCACAUCAUUUGUCUUCUCCUUCCUCACAGCAUCCAGCGGCAUGACCAGCGGCAGGACUGUAUAUAGUGUUAAAAUAAUAUGAACAAAAAUAAAUCAGAGAGGAAAUUAUUUUACUAUUUUAUUCACGUUGGCUGAUCCACCACUCUACAGAAAACAAAGGACAGACAGAUAAGUGGAUGAAUGAGUGAAUGAAGGACGAAUGAAUGAUUGGACAGCUAUGUACAAGAGCAUAUGUGAAUGUUUUGCUUCAUGUAGGAAAUAAAAUAAAUUUGCAGAUGAUGACUGAAUGAAUGUGUAGAAGUGUGGAUGAAUGAGUGAAUGGAUGCAUUUGACCCUUCCUAAGAACCCGCCCUUGCUCCAAUUACAAUUAAGCAAGCUCAGCAGCCAAGGAACCUGGGUAAAAUUUCUCUUUUCCUGGGGCACCCUGGUAGCUCAUCUGGUAGUUAGCUAGUUAGCGGAUGUUUUUGCUAACAUUAGCUAACUUAAGAUGUGACCUCAUAUAUGUCGCUUUAUCUGUCAACCAUCUUCAAAAUGUGGUUGUCUUCUCAACAUAGAUUAAGUGCAGGAAAGGAGGAAGUUGACCGAGGUUCUGACCGAGGCUUGCUCAACUGUUAUUGAAGCGCAGUGCAAAAAGGGGCGGGGCUUUGGAAGGGUCAAAAGGGCCCAGAUCAAAGUGUGAAAUCUUUUGUACAUUGUUUUGAAAUUGUGUUGCUCACAUUUCAGAUAGACCUUUUUCACAACAGCCAUUUUACCAGGCAACUUUUUAAUUGUCAAAAUGGCUGCCGUGAAAAAGGUCUAUUCUUUGUAGUUGAACGUGAGGCCUCCUGAAGUGGUUGAGCCUUCCCAAGUCAACAAAUUUGCCAGCAGUCCCUUCUUUAUCCCACGCAAUCUCUGUGUGACAACAACAUACCAAAUGAAUAUCGACAUGUAAAGCUAUUGUACAUAUGUGUAAUGAAGUCAGUGAUUGAGUUGUGAAUCAUUGUGAAUCUGAACCUCUUCCAUCACAUUUACUUUACCCUCAUUGUCCCGUUUACCAAAAGUAUGUUUGCUGCUAUUGUGUACAUACUAUAUCAAUUACUAUGACUUAUAACUACACAGAAAGCCCAAAAUUACCACUCUCAUACUGAAAAUAGAUUAUGAAGCUAUUUUACAGUUAAUAACAAAUUAUUCUUAUAGCAACUUUUGUUAUUUGUAUUUCUGUUUGUGUGUAGAUCAAUAUGUAUGUAUCUGUGUCGUUCGCCAUGUUUGGUUUGAAGGAGUCUUCUCGAAAUCACAAAAAGUGAAAGGUUGCAAGAGUUCCCACUGAUACAUUUUAUUCAGAGCCGCUCCAGAAGUCCACUGAAGGCCUCAGUGUGCUUCACUGUGUUCAAGACUGUUAGACAUCUGACAAGCACUUGGUUUGAAUCAUACUGAGGCCUUGAGUUGUGCAGUUGUUUACCUCCAGUGUAGUGACCUUGACUAGUGAACCCUGCUACAACUGCUCUGGAGUUUGUAAAAAGUAUCCUAAAGGGAUGAACACUUCACAUUUUAAACAGAAACUUAACACCUUGUUUUACACAAUUUCAGAUUUUUGCUCUUGAGGACACAAUACAGAGCGCUAAAAAGUAUAGACUGGGACUAGAAUCCAUUGUCAGUAUAAUAAAGUUACUGUAUGUAUAAAUGUAAAGUGUUUUUAGUGUUAAGUUAAUCUUCACUAUAUCAACUCUUGGGACCCACUAUCAGGCUUUAAGAAUAUCAUCAUGUAUCAUCAGCACCGCUCUGGUUCCCACACCUCCUGGAAAACCCGGAAAUUUAGAAACUUGUUUUUCAGUCAGGGAAACACCUGGAAAUAGAUUAAAAUGACCAAAUAUCCUGGAAAUAAUUGAUGUUGUCCUGGAAAAUGUUAAUAGUAUUUUAGCUCCUCAUUCAGAUUGCCUAUGUAAACCUGGGUGUGUAUUUAGUUACAAACUCAGUUGUUGGUAGGAUGACACAAGCCACAAUUGUAUAACUGAAAAUGAUUUCUUAAAAAGAGUGGGAACCCUGUCCAAAACGUUAUGACCAUAGGUUGUACCGAACAUUGAACAGGUGGUCGCGCUCUGGGCCUUCUUAUAUUCAGCCUGAUAUGUGGAGACAAACUGUGUUUUCAGGGUUUAUUCAGCACUUAUUACAAUCAUUAUUAUUAUUAUAUGUAAUAUUAUCAUUACAGAACGUAGCAGCAAAGGGUGGGAAGGCAUUUGAUGCACUUAUAUAAAACAGGAGAUCCCCCCAGGAAAUAAAUGAGUGUUCUUAAAGAAGAAGGAAAAUGUUUUGGCUUUUCACCUGGGUGUUUAGCAGUAUAAAUCAACCAUAGGUCAUGCUCACAAAAAUUUGGAAAACAGUCUCCCAGGAGAAUGUUUGGACAAAGGGAACACAGCAAGCAUCCUCUAAGUCGGCCUUCAUUUAAUAUUACAGUGCUGGCCCCCCUCCAGUCAGAAAUCAGUGUUUCUUCUUGUUCCUGCAGAGUGCUGUUUGAAAACUGUGCGAGUCUGUCUGAGUUUUGACACUAGAAGGAUGUUUUCAUAUGUAUCUGCUGAAGCUGAUUUUAAGCAUGAUUUGUGACAUCACAAAUAGUCUGGAAGUCAGUGCUGGUCCAGUACCAACUUGUACAGUGUGA